CAGCCGCGCUGUUCUGCAAUAAAAUACCAGUCUCCACAAACACAACUUGGAUAUGACUGAAGUUUUAAGUACAACAGACGUCAACUUUCUCAUCAGUGAUCGGUACAAAAUUGUACUGGUUCUUGGAAAAGGGUCUUAUGGACUUGUCUGUUCUGCGAUUGACACAGUAUCAGCAAAAAACUCUUCUUACGAUGGCGCUCAGAUAGCCAUCAAGAAAGUCAAUUCCAUAUUCAAAAAACCAGUUUUAAUGAAGAGAGCCAUUCGAGAGUUGAAGCUCAUGAUACACUUUAGAGGACACCCCAACAUCAUCUCGUUAGUGGACUUGGACGUGGUUUACAACCAACCGUAUGAUGGUCUUUACUGUUUCCAGGAAUUAUGUCAGUAUGAUCUUGCAUCAGUGAUUUAUUCUGAAAGCCAAUUCAGUGAAUUUCAUAUCCAGAGCUUUGUUUACCAGUUGUUGUGCGGGUUGAAGUAUAUACACUCUGCUGAUGUGAUCCAUCGUGACUUGAAGCCUGGUAAUAUUUUGGUUACGGCCGAGGGAGCUCUAAAGAUAUGUGACUUUGGGCUUGCUAGAGGAAUAAGUAGUAAGUACCGGAAGAUUAGUGGGGUUCCUAUCACCAAUUAUGUGGCGACUCGGUGGUAUCGGGCCCCAGAGCUCAUGCUAAGCAUCGGUAAGUACGAUAAACCAAUUGAUCUCUGGGCGGUGGGAUGCAUUUUGGCCGAAUUAUAUGGGCGUGAGCCGUUGUUCAAGGGAAAAGACCAGGUGCUUCAGCUUACAGAGAUCAUCAAGGUACUUGGGAGUCCUCCGUACCGGUUGGUCAGAUCACUAAGAUGGCAAUUGAAUGUGUUAGAGGUCAACUUCCAGCCGAUACCGUUUGGCAAGAUCUAUCCAAUUGCGUCGAGCCUAGCGGUGGAUAUUCUCGAAGGAUUCUUGAAGUGGGAUCCCAACCAGCGGUUAAAUGUGGUACAAGCAUUGAAUCACAGUUUCUUCACAGGCAUUAGACAGGAGGAGUGCGAGGCCAAUUGCGCUCUGAUUUUUGAUUUUCUGUUUGAGAGUGAAUGUGAAGAUUUUGACAGCUUGAAGACCCGGUUGGACUGGGAAGUAAGAGCUUUCAAAACUAUCCGGGGUAGGAAUUGAACAAGGUUUAUUUACCGUAGCCCCGGGUAAAAGGGCAAGUUCAAAUGCUGUAAGACUGAGUUUCACCACGGGAC